AUGCCGAAGACUGCUGUCUUCACCACUAUUACGCCGCUUCCGGCUGGCAUCACAAGGAAGAGCGUGAUAGACAUGUACCAUGACCACUUGGCUAUGAUUGACCUGAACCCGUUGGUUGUAGAGCGGUUCAUGUGCAAGCCUCCUUCCUAUGCGCCCACUGAUGAGUACUGGGCCAUGUGGUACACCAUCAAGGACAGGGUCUCAUAUCUACCAGGCGGUCUGGCUACUGGCUCAGUAUCAUACCAUGCUUGCUUCAACGACACAGCCGAUGGCCUCUUCACACAUGUGUAUGCACCAUUGGGUCUCGACAUCCAAUCAAAGUGGACUGUAGGAGGAAGGCUACCUGGUGAACCAAGGCUUCCCGCCGAGCCUGACCUAAGAACACCAAGGACCGGACUAUACAUUCGGGAAGAUGUCAGGAUGACAUGCUCGUCACUGCUGUUGAGCUUCGUCAAGAGGACUUUCAAGGACUCACAUGGCAAGCUAGUCGACAAGUUGGUUGAGAGGGCACACAUUCUCGAGGCCGACUUCGCAAACCAGAGACUACGAGCACUCCGCAACGUAGACCCAGGCGAGCGCAUGGGUCAUGGCGACAUCUUCAUCGCGCCACCACCAGACUACCAGCUUUCUCCAAGCCACCUUCAAGUUCCCUCGCCACGCUACCUCACACAUACAAGGAGUCAGAGUGAUCCUGUCCUCUCUCCUGGCUUCUCCUCUUCCUCGACAUUGAACAACGAUCAAGUCGAGAGUCCUUUCAAGGAAGUCGAUAGCCCAACCAGGCAAGCCGAGCUUCUGUUUAAGCCAGAAAGCCCCUUCAAGCAAGGCGAACGACCCAUUUCCUACACCAUUGUGCGUGAAGAGAAGGAAGUCUCUACCUCUGCACCAGAGCAAAACUCCUACCUGCUACCAGCGACGACCUACGACGGCGGAUUCUCCCGAAGAAAAGCCAGACCAGCAUCCCUGGGCCCAGCUAGCCCACGUGAGAGGCUUCCUGAAACCCCUCUUUCCCAGGCAAUGCUCUCACCUCUGCCUGUCAGCCCCCGAACACCCUACCACCCAUCGCCGAACGAGUCCACCUCGGUAUUCCUCGCACAGCGAAUCUCCUACACCCCCGAGGAGCGCCCAAUCUCCUUCACCUUCCCCUUCGACCCCAAGCAACCCUUCGACCGCAAGUCCAACUCCUCCGUUUCCCAAUCCAACCAGCACAACCUCCUCAGCGACAUCGACGACGCAAUCGAUGAAUUCAUGUACACAUCCCCUUCUGCCACAAACCAUCCGACCAUAUACCAACUCCUGCCCGCCACCACCUACUCGCCCGAGCCCACCCUCUCAAGCGCAAGAUACAGCCCCAAGGAGCCCACUCUCUCCAGCGCAACUUACUCGCCCGAACCCAUGCUUUCGAGCGCAAAGUACAUCCCCGAACGCACUCUUUCAAGUGCAAAGUACGAUCCUAGACAUGAGCGCAAGGACUCGGCUAUGCCUUCUCAGUGCAACUCGGAAGAUGAACGCCCGCCUGUCCCGCUCAAGGAUGAGAAGUACCGCAAGGGAAGCAUUCGCGUGUAG